AUGGACGGGGAUAUUCCCGCCUCGAGCAGCGAUGCCAGCCGUGAGAUGAGCCGGCUUUGGCGCACUUGGAAGACUGUUCACGAGAUGCUUGCGGAUCGGGGUUAUGAGGUGUCAGAGGAAGAACUGAAGGUGUCACUGGAAGAGUUCGCGCGGAAAUAUUCAGACCCGAUGGGGUAUCCAGACCGGACGAAGAUGAAAAUCCAGGCGCGCCCCACCGAGGAGAUGAAGUUCAAAUACACUGCUCUGCCAACCAAAUCCAACCCCAACCCCCAGCCCGACUGUGGCACCAUCUACGUCGACUUCUGCCCGGAAUCCUCCUCGCUCGGUGCCAAGCAAGUGCGCACAUUCAACCACUUCGUGGCCGAGAACAACUUCCACACCGGCAUCUUCAUCACUCAGGUCCCCUUGUCGCCCACGGCCGUGCGCAUGCUUAACAGUGUCCCCGGUCACAUUGGAGAGACAUUCCAGGAACAAGAUUUGCUCGUCAACAUCACCCGACACGAGCUUGUUCCCAAGCACGUUUUGCUUAGUCCCGAAGAGAAGGCCAAGCUGCUGCAGCGCUACCGUCUGAAGGAGUCCCAGCUGCCCCGCAUGCAGGUUUCCGAUCCCGUCGCGCGAUACCUUGGUCUGCGUCGAGGUCAGGUGGUUAAGAUUAUCCGCAAGAGUGAGACCGCCGGUCGGUACGCCAGUUACCGCUGGGUCAUCUAA